GUGAGGGGCGGAGGCCAGUUGACUUCGAUCCGUCGAGUGUAACGUGUUGAAUGUGCGUUCCGCAUCGCUAGUUGUUCGCACGUUCGUCUCGAAAUUCAACUUUGCUCUUCACAAACCGACUAGUCGAUCGAAAAAUGUUCUACGCGAAUGUGAUCGCCUCGCGAUAACAGACCAAAAUAAUCUACACCGUGUGUGAGUGAAAACAAAUCGUGCUCCACUCCGAAGGGAAAUAACCGAGCGAACAGUGAACACUAAGAAAGGAAAAUACCGAAACACGGGAGAAACAACAGUAAUCGAAGGAAAGCUCCGUCGAAGAAAAACUCCGUCUCGGGUGCUCUUCACUUCGGCGGGUCGGUUCGAUCGAUAAACACGGGGUGCGUGUACCGUACACUGGCGUCCGGUGGAUAACGAGACGAGAAGAGGUGUGCGUGACCGUAUUUAAACUACGACCCACAUUUCCUCCCCGUUUGUUCAGGCAACACCGAUACACCGACGAAACCCUUGUUCGAAGUGAACGCCACGAAAACCAACGAUGAAGGCAAUGGUGGUGAGUCCGGUGGGCGGUAGAGUACCACCUAGCCGGGGUGUCUUGCACAGCAGUCUCGGGAUCAACGGGACCCGGCGGGACCUCGAGGCAGAGGAAGUGGCGGCCUACCUGACCAAGCUGCGCUCUUUGGUCCCCGACAUGCCUAGGAAGCGGAAGCUGUCGAAGCUCGAGGUGAUCCAAAGAGUGAUCGAAUAUAUCUGCGACCUGCAGACCACCUUGGAGGAGACGAACCAUGAGUCCAGUAUCGUGAAGACGACGCCCAGGCAACCCCUUCAGCCGUUGUUAAACGCCGCGACGACGGUGCCCGCGACCUCCACGACGCCGACGACGACGACGAUGACCGGUCUGGUCGCGGAACGGUGACACGGCUCGUCGCACCAGCUCCAGUAAAGUCCAGGUCGCUGCGAGCUGACCUCUACGAACCCAACGCUCGCUCAGGACUAUUCGAGCCUGCACCGAGGGUUGGGAAGAUCGAGGCACGAGGGUCCUCGCGAACGUUGCCGACGCAUCUUCUCGAAUACAUAGAUUCGUUGAAGAUUCAUCGUCCCGGCGAAGAGAAGAGGAGGUGGAUCACGUUGGUGUUCGGAACGAUUCGCCGCUGAGAGACUCGAAGGGAUGUUUGAGGAACGAGAAUUGAAAACUGGCCGUCACGGCUAAUCGAACUUCUUUCUUCGGGGAAGGAUGUAAAUACCUGUACAUAAACUCGCCGCAUUCCUCGCACGAUUUAUUAUUGUAUCACUUCCACUGUUCUUUUGUUUCUCGAUCCUUGUAAUCGUAAGCAAUUCACACGAGAAUUGGAAACUUGUUCACGUCCUUCUUUUCUUUUUUUUGUUUUUUUUAAACGAGACACGAAGUUACUCCGUUUCCAUUCGCGAUGUUCUUUUCGUAUUUUCGUAUUAGACCAGCAACGUUGAAAUUCGAAAUGUCGAUCAUUGAAUUCUGUGUAAUUUUGAGUGAAUAUAGUAUUCGUCGUUCAUGACUGAGCAGGGUUGAAUAGUGAUUCGAUGUUUAAUGGAGCAAAGUUUUUAUCGAUUUCGUAGUAUUUGAAACGAUUUUUUUUCCUUUUUUGCAAUAGAGAAAUUCUUAGAAUCAAAUAAACCUGAAAUUAAAUUGACCGUCACGUAACAGUGCACACUCCGCCCAACCAGUCAUGAAUGAAUCCCCCACCUAUUCUUUCUCGUAGAUUUCGUAUGGAAGAGAAAUGUUUUAUCGUCGCGUUGACCAACCCUGUAUUAUUUGGACACCCAUUGUAGAUAAUAAAGAGAACUACUUGUAUUAUGAUUACGAAUUACGUUAGGGAUAAUUUCCGAUACUAUAUUAUAAUUAAUUUUAUUAUUAUUAAUUUUAUUAUUAAUAUUAUUAUUAUUAUUACUUGAUUAUUAUCGUUGUUAUUGCUUUUUCAUAUUAUAAGUUAGAGAUCUCUCUCCGUAACUAUUGUAUAUUCGCGAAGACUGAAAGGCUGUAAAGUGUAAGUAUAUUGUCGCGCGGGCGUGUCACACUCGCGCACGCGAAAUAAAUGCAAACUGUGUCUACACGAUUACUUCUGCGUCUGAUUCUUUAUUGGAGAAUAACACCUUUCCUUGACACCUUAUGACUUUAUUAUCACACAAUGCUGACAAGUGAUCAGCAACUGUUACGGUGAGAAGGGAAACAAUUUUUCUAUGAACAAUAUGUUUAAAAGUGUGAACUGUGUUAUUUUUCUGCCGUUAUUCUCACCAAAACUAA